AUUUCCUCCUACUAGUAAUAAGGAGGAGCGACUGAGGAGGUGAAAGUGGCCAGUUGUUGAUGGAGCUGUUGGAUUACGGCGUUGUUCUUUUUCAAAAAAUGACCUGCAACAAUCGACCACGUAUCCAAAAUUUACACUAAAGGAGUAGAUAAUCGUAGUAGGUGAUAGGAAUACCAAAAUCCUCCAAUAAUCGCAGCCACUCAGUUUACCUGUCAUCCACCUGGGAAUCGUUAUGCGUUUUAACGAGAAAGAACUCGUGUCACUGAGCCGUCAACCUUCAGAAAGGGCCGCUGAACUUGGCAUGAAAGGACCCAAAAAAGGAGAUGUUGUGAAGAAGAGGUUGGUGAAACUAGUGGUCAACUUUCUUUUCUAUUUCCGGAUUGAUGAGGAGGAGCCCAUUGGUGCUUUGCUGCUCGAACAGUGCCGGGUAGAGAGAGAGUCUGGCCAAGUCUUCUCUAUUGCAUUUUUAGACGAGACCGAGAAAAAGUACAUGUUUGAGUGUGACUAUGAAGAACAAUGUGGGGAAUGGAUAGACGCCAUCAUUAAAGCCAGUUAUGAGUUCAUGAGGAAGAACCUUAUAUUCUAUCGUACUGAAAUCCACAGACUGACUGGCCAGGACCCCUUGGAACAGUAUGGCAUUUCAGAUGAAACCCGUUUCCAGGUCAACAGUGGACUGCAGCUAACGCCUAAAGAAACCUCGUCCAUGUAGCCACGCGGGCCCCAGGUCCAGGGCCUCGUCGGCCCCUCUGUCUCUGUCUUCUGCUGUAUUACAGAUGUAGAUAGUAGAUGUUUUUCUUCAUUCCAUUGGUUAUUCAUGUUUUCAAAUAAUGGUAUUUUCCUGCAUACUUUCGAUGGGGUUGGGAGUUCAUUCGUCCCUCCUACAUUUCACACAUUGCCUUUCUUUUGCUGAUAUAUUUGCCUGCACUGUAAAUACUUUCACUUUUGUCAGUACUAGGAUAGUCUCUUGCUGUAUUAUACGAUAAUGUGAUUAUGCAAGCUUCUGGUACAUAUGUACUUAAAAGUUGAGGUUCUAUGUCUUGACUUGCUAGCCCUGUUGUGUAACUGUAGCAUUAGCCAAUUAAAUCAGCGUUUCAGGGAUUGAGAGACGCUGAACAUGUUUUUCUUAUUGGGAAAUCUUUGGCAAUGCACAUUUAUUGUGACCUGUUUUGGUUAAUACCUCUUUUUUUAACUGCAGAAAUGAGCCACACAUUUGAGUUCCUUGUGAAUUAGAGGUUGUCCAUUCUGAAAAGGUUUUUAACCAGCAACAUCACAUUAGAGAAUAACACUGCUAAAUCUUUUGUCAUUUAUUUAUUGAAUUACUCAAAUUGCUCUGUAUAAUGGUAGACUUGCCAUUAUUACCAUUGUUAGAGAAUAACGUUUUUUUUUUAUCUAGUGCAAUCUAGUGCUAAUAUAUGAUUCUUGAGAAGUCUUUGCACUUAAUCUAAGUCUUUUAUUUCAUCGUCAUUCAGAAAAUUCACUUUUUCCAAUGAAUCUAUAGAAUCUAUUUUUUCUAAUAAAUCUAUCCAAGACAAAUGUGUUGUGUUACAUUAAGAAGCAAAACAUUAAUCUGUAAAAUUGUUUAUUAUUGUCAAUGAUGCUGUCACCAACUUAAAUUACCCUGUUGUGGUGACAGAAUUCAUCUGACAUCUUGAAUGUCAUACUGCUAAUAAUAUCUGCCCCACUUAUCCCAUUCCCACUGCCAGCUGUUUGGGAUUAUGGGUUGUAUCAUAAUGUUAAUGUGCGAUGAAACAGAACCUCUCAAAGGAGGUUUUUAUUUUUUAGGUAGUACAGACUGGUUCCGGUUGGAUAUUCUGUAUGGUUACACUCUCUUCGUCUUUAGCAGUACAUUUUAUCUGUAUAUCAGCCGUUAACAGCCACUGUGGAUGUGUGCCUCACAUAAUCGCAUGAUAUAUCAUGAAUUACGCGGUUAAUUAUACCAAAAUAAAAGGAACCUCUGUAUUUUUA